AAAGCGGAAGCGUCUCGUGCAUCUGAUUAACGUCAAAAGCAAAACUAACAAUUGUGCUUUUAGAUUAACCUCUUAGAGCUGUUUUUAAAAACAACACCACACCAUUAUCUUUAGGAUAAAGGCAGUUUAGCUACUCAGAAAUGUCGUCGGAGGAAUUUGAGAAGCUCCAUGAGAUCUACAAAUCUCUGUUCGAGGAGCUGAAGCUGCUUCCGGAGAAAGCUCUGAGGAGCCAGGGAGAGGAGAGGAAGAGACUGGUGAGGACCUUCGAUGAGAGGAAGGGAGAGGCUGAGGAAGUGUUACAGGGAAUGGAUGAAGAGCUGCGUUCUGCUCCGUCUGCCUUCAGAAACAUGAUGAGCACAAAGCUGCGGAUGUACAACCGAGACCUGGGGAAGCUGCAGAGAGACAUGAAGACCUCCGAUUCUGGGUCCUCUUCUCAGGCGGGGGUGGGGAGUCAUCCAGGCAUCUACUCAUACGAAAACCAGCAGAGUACCCAGGUCCAGUCCCAGAGAGCGUUGCUGCUGCAGGGCACCGACUCUCUGACCAACGCCAGUCAGAGCAUCGAGAGAACUCUUCGCAUCGCAGCCGAGACGGAUCAGGUCGGCACCGACAUCAUCGAGGAGCUGGGAGGGCAGCGCGAGCAGCUGGACCGCGCCAGGAACAAGUUGGUGGAUACCGGAGAGAACCUCAGCAAAAGUAGGAAGAUUCUUCGUGCGUUAUCACGACGGCUGAUGACCAACAAGCUGCUGUUAGGCGUCAUCAUCAUAAUGGAGUUGGCUAUUCUAGCAGCUGCGGUUUAUCUGAAGUUCUUCCGAUGAUGAGCAAACUUACAAUCCAGAAUCUGACUUCCUGCAGCAAAUACUUUUCAUCCAUUAAGUGAACUUUUACUCAGCGGGGAUUCUGUCAGGUGAUUCGGGAUGAAACGUAAAUCUUUGAACUUGUUAAAGGACCGAAUCUACAGAAAUGUGACCUGGGAUUUGCACUUUUUCAUCAGACUGUCAUUACCCCGGAUGCUCUGCAGGGGGCUUUUCUGGAUUUGCUGCAACAGACCCCAGAAGAUGCUCCGUCGGAUGUAUUCACCCCUAAGUUCAUGUCAAGAUCGUCUGGUGGCUGUACUUGAGAAGUGUUACUGAUGGUGCAGAAGGUCUGGGAAUGGGAUUCUUUAUUAUUCGUCACCCAAACACUUGCAUUUUGCUCAGGGCUGUCCUCUAGCAGACAUUCUUAGUCAACUAACACUACGAUUUUCCUGCAGUGCGUACUCAAAAGUAGAAAGUGUAUGCAGUGUGUGUUUUAGAAUUGGCCGUCCUGUUCUUGUGAACGUGCCAUCUCAAUCACCUGGAGGAAAUGUCUUUGAAUUUGAAACAAACAUCCAUUUUGGGCCAAGAACGAACUGAUUACAAUUUGUUGGCAAAAGUCAUUGUGACCUUGCCGAAGAUGGUUUUGUCCAUAACCCAAUAAUUUGUUUGCUUAUUAUGACAAUUCACCCAAAUGUCUAACAGGAUAAAAUGAUGGUGUUUAAUAUCUGUAAAACUAAGCUCCUCCACAAAGAAUCAUGCAGAUGCCCCACAUUUCAUCUCUGAUUAAUAGAGAUUUGCUCUGGAAUAAGUAAUUCUGGGGAAAAAAGCAUUUAAAAUGAAGAAUCAACUCCGAUAUCGACCAUUAAGUGGAUUUAGAGGGGGCAGCCCUUAUUGUGCCAUUAUAUAAUAACAGUAUUUGAUUAAAUGGCACCAGUUUAAUCUGUCAUCAUGCCCAGUUUCCCAAUGCUGUAAUAAACUUGAGAUGUCGAUAAAAAAUAUAGGUGGAAGCUUUUACAACAUGCUAUGUUCUUAACAGUAAAUAAUGUCUGUCUAAUCACUGUAUAAUACAGAAAUCACUAUUUAUAAA